AUGGUAGAUUUCUCGCUCAAAAGAGCCAGGAAUAACUGGAAUAAACUAUCGUCCCCUGUUAAGGCUAAAAAUGAGCCUGCCGUACAAUUGAAGGCUAAGGCGUAUGAGGAGUUUGUAUCUCCUCAGGAAUCAUCACAGCUACCAGAGAUUGGUGUUAAAGAUCGUAAGAAAGUUGGUACUUCUAUGCAAAGAAGGUUAUCAUUUCACAGCACAAAGCACUCAGUUCCUAUUAUUGAUUUCAGUGCAAUGCCCAAUUUACCUACUGUAGACUAUUUAAAUCGCGAACCUUCGCCUUCUCAGCACCAACAUAUGAAGCGGACUCAGAAGAGGACGCCAUCCGAUAUCUAUGAGGGCCGUUCUUUACGGGACAUACUAUCGAAUCCGAAAUUCCAGGCAAAACGUUUCGUUCAUGAGAAGUUAGGCGAGGCAACGGCUCUUGAAAUUGAUAAUUUUGCCUCCGAUUUGCACGAUCUUUCUCUUGAAAUAGAGGAGAAGCUGAAAUUGAAUGUGAGUACAUCAUACAACGAGAUUUUAGCCUUAAACAAGAACCUGGAUGUUGUGGUUGUGCAAUUAAAAGAGUUGCGGAACCAGACUCAGCAGCUGCAAUCUGUUAUGGAGCAAUUUAGUACUAUGGCGGAGAAGAGGUUACAGCUUGAGAAGGAAGCCUCGCGUAACAGUAGUGGAUCUAGUGUUAUUUCGCGAGGAGCAACACCCUCACUUAUUCCGCCACUGCAUCCCGCUCGUCCUGGGCGAGAUAAGACCAGUAUAUACAUGUUAGAAAAGAUAUGGUCUAAAGAAUUGAGUACGUUGCUGAAAACCGUGGAGGGUUCACAAAAAUACAUUUCGCCUGCUCCCGGUAGACAUAUACUUAUGCAAUCAAGCGAUUGGUUAGAGGUUAAUAUCGCGACUUUGAAGCCUCUGCAUAAUGUGCAUAUCUACUUACUUAAUGAUAUGUUGCUGGUAGCAAUUAGUCGUCAGGAUAUCAAGGGAGAGCUUGUUGCCAAGCAAUGUUGUACUUUAAGAGAGUUGGACGUCUCUGAGGAACCAAAUUACACUUUAUCUUUCCACUUUGGUAAUAAGCAUCAUUCUUUAUAUAGAGCGCGGAAGCCUACAGAAUACGCGAAACUGUUGGAAAAUAUUAAAUCUGCGAAGGAUGAGUUAAGAGGAAUUUACCAGGCAGAAGAGGAUAAUGUGCGUAGAUUGAGGGAUUCAUUUACUUUCUUACAAUCCACACAGCAAACGCCAAAUAGAGACAUGAAUAGCCCUAUUAGGGUCCACAGCCGUCAAAAAUCACUUACAGGACCAACCAAUCCUGGACGUAAUCAAACUUAUCAGGACAAUUUAUUGCAAAAUAUUAGUGUUUCAGUACAUACAAGGUCCAGAUCGGGGGAAGUGAACAAGGCAGCGGUUCAAAUGAAGUUAGCUGAUAAUGAAUUGGAAGAGUUGAGUGUUCCAGUAACCAGAAUGGACUUUCCAGAAUCCAUUGCUAGGUUAACUUCAAUUGAAAAUAUUCUAAGUGGGGUUGAAACUGGAAACGAAGAAGAGGUUAUGUUGUUGGACUUAUUGAAGUUAAAAUGUAGUCAAAACAGAGCACUUAUCACCCAAAAGUUAACGCAUAUUAUCAACACAGAAUACUCAGACACUGAAAAACUAAUUUCGAGUACUAAAGCAUUAAUCUCACUCGGAGUCCCCGUUGAUGCUCUCAAGUUAUACCUACAUAAUAGGUCUAAUUUUAUACAGGAGCUAGUGCUACAAGUUGGUGUACAUGACAAUUCAAACUCUUAUAUUACUCAGGCUGCUAUUAUCAGGUUUCAAACAAUUAAAAAAGUUGCCGCCAAAUUCCAACAACUAUAUGAUGGUAAUCAUUCUGAAUAUUCAUCAAUUCUUGUAAACUGGUGUGAUGGUGAAGUCGACAAGCAUUUCCAGUUGAUGAGAAAACAGCUAAUCAGUGAGGAUCAGGUUACACCGCAAGCAAUAAAGAUUACCAGGAAACAAAUAGACGAACUCAAGUCAGUUGGAAUGGAUUUUGUUUAUAAAUUGGAUGAUUUUCUGAGAGUAAAUAGUAGUAAGGUUCUUUAA